AUGUCUUUCGAUUCCGUCAACUCCUUCUCAGGGUUUACUCCUGCUCACUCCCUCUUCAAGCGUUGCGCUUCAUGCGAUAGCAGCGUUCCCACCUGUCCACAAUGCCCUUCCGGCCAAAUAUGUAACAUGGUCGCCCAGACUUGUGAUCACUGCGCUACGACUAAGUGUAUUGCCAAUCCCAAUGCACAACCCCCCUCGAGCAGCGGCUCCAACACCGGUGCGAUUGCAGGAGGAGUAGUGGGUGGUGUUGCUGGUCUUGCCGUCAUUCUCUUCCUAAUUUAUUGGUUCGUCGUCCGCCCACGCCGUGCCGAGCGGGCCGAGCAGCAGGAGAAGAACAACGGCUUCGCUGCGAACCGAUCCGACCGCCAGUCCGUGGGUGGCCAGUCGAUUGCCUCUACCGUCCUCACUCGUGCCUCCAAUGUCAUCCAGAUCGCGUACAUUCCCGGUGUCACCAACCGUUCACCACCUGAGACGCCGGCCUCAUUGGUACCCCCGGUGCCCCCUCUACCCGGUGCUCACCCCGACCAACACUUCUUCAUGCCCGGUGACUUGCGAGACUCGUCAUGGACCACGACCACCGGAGGCGGCCACCAGAGCAUAGCACCAAGCCUACGCAGCAGUGUCGCAACGACCAUCUACCGUAACGAUGCUGUCAUUGCGGCUACCCCUGCCCAAUCGAUCGCUCGUGCUCGUGCCAACGUCGUGAGCGUUCACUCAGGCCCCGGCUCUGGCGCCACUACCCCCACAUCGACUCAGGCUCCUAUCUUGGUGACUCCCGCCGAUGCUCCCGCAGUUCCAGCUAUCACCUCAUCACAACUGGCCAAGGCCGAAGCCUUGGCACCCCCUCUUCAUCCAGCAACAACAGCUCCUCGAUCGUGGCACGCACUGUCAUGGCCAAGCCCCAAAAAGAGCGCCCCGUCUGGAACACUGUCUGCCAACGCUUCUGGGACAUCACCGUCAAACCACAGCAGCCAGCAAUUCAGUCACAAUACCUCUACCUUCGACGGAAGUAGCUCCGAAGAUGAAUCCGACGAUGAAGAAAUCGAAGCUGUCAUUCAACAGGCCCAGCCCACCCAAGUCCAGUCAAAGCCAGCCCCGGCGAGCGGGCCACUCAAGUUUGCCUCGCCCAGAACCCGCACGUCCAAGAUUGUGGAGCUUGCAGACACAUCUAGCAGCGCCACCUUGAGUGCACCCUCGGAGACAGCCUCCAAGCGCAGCUCAGCGAGCGGUAAGCCGCCAAUGCGCGUGGAGAGCCCUUUUUCCGACGCGAAUGAACUUCCAUGA